AUGAAGCUGAGCCUGUGUCUUAUCCUGAUUAUUCUGGUUGUUUGUUGCUAUGAAGCUAAUGCUGGCCAGGCAUGUCAAGCUGUUGAGCGUGAAAUCAUAAGCUUCUUACUAAACAGUGAGAAAGAACUGAAGAAGGAACUUGAGAAAUACAAUGCACCUCCAGAAGCUGUUGAAGCAAAUCUUAAAGUGAAGAGAUGUGUAGACAAGAUAAUAUAUGGAGACAGAUUUUCAAUAGGAAUAGAACUGGUGAAAGUUUUAUUCAAGUGUGAGUUGCAACCAUGGUUACAAAUGAACUUUCCUGUCCCCACUGCUCCCUUAAUCAUCACCCCUCCUACAAUCCAUCUGACAUCCCUCCUUUUCUCCCCUGAGCAGUAUGAGUGUCAUACCCACAGUACCCAAACACAGAAAAGUCAGAAGCAGCCAUACUGGAAAGAUGACAGAAUAUGGUCGGUGUCUGAAGAUGACAUAUUGGUUUAUGUAGACAUAAAGAUUCUUCCCAAAACAGUUACAAUUUAUAAAUCAGCUGAGCAGGGCUUUCAGUUACAAACCACCUCAUAA